UCCUAGAUGCGCAACGAUCGAAAAUUCAUUUGAAAUCAUCUAGAUAAAAUUACACGUUUAGUAUGUUUUUGAGUUUGCGAUAGUGAACAAGAAUAUAAUAGAGAGAUUUAUAUUCAAGAUCGUAAAAAUUUAUUCUCAGAUAUGGACAGUUGUCAAGUAGACAUUUAAUAAUCUCUGAUGUUGACAAUUUUCAAGUUGAACAGUCUCCAUAGAUUUGUAUAGUUAAAGUAAUCAUGGAUGUAACGAUCGCUAAAAGGGAAGCAAGAAAAAGACGAAUUUUAGAAAAUUCAGAACGUCGUUUACAAAAAAUUACUGGUAAAAAUGAACCAAAUGAAAUCGAAGAUCUGUCAAGUGAACUUAAUCCAUCAAAUGUAUGUUCAAAUACAUUAGACUUAGAAAUAAAUGGUAUAUCUGUAAACAAAAAACCUUUUGGGGAUAAGAAUGAUACUUUAUACUUUCGAGGUGAUAUUGCUGUAAAAAUUAAAGAUAAUAACAAGACGGAAACAUAUUGUGGCUUAAAUGAUAUAUUAAACAAUUUUUAUAACUGUAAUGAUGAAACAAAUGACAAACUUGAUUGUACAAAUAAUAAGUCAAAUUUAAAUCAUCUUGAUUUUUGUAAUGAAAGUACAGAAUGUAUGCAAGAGAAAAAUGCAGAAAUUAAUUACCAAAUGCAAAUCAACGUAUCCAAUAAAAGUAUAUUGUCAUAUAAUUUAUUAUCUAAUCGCAUAAGUUAUAUCGUGCUAGCAGUUAUAACUAACAUUCUAUUAUUCUUUAAAAUGGAUCAUCUAUUUGGGAAGUACAUUCUUAUACCGUAUAUUAUUAUGAUGCUUGGACGUUUAUACAUUCUUACUAACAUUCAAGAACCACAACAUGGAAGUUCAUUAAUUGCUACUUUGAUCUUGUGUAAUAUCAAGCCUGUGUUAACUUAUCGAAUUGCAAAAGCAUUAAGGAUUCUUACCUUAAUCAUUACAGAUUUAGCAUUAUAUUUAUUCAGCUUUAUUUUGAUCUAUUGUGGAAUUACUUAUUUUUUAAAUUAUUUAGAUAAUUUAUUUGUAUCAAUUAUGUAAGUACAUAAUAGAAAGACAAUGUUUUGUUGAAAAUUAUUAGUAAGUAAUUAUGUAUAAGUGAAGAGGAAGUAAAAUGUUUUAUAAAAUAAUAUAUAAACACAUACACACAUACACACAUACACGUAUACAUAUUAUAUAUGAUUUUGAGUAAAAAUUAUUAUUCUCUUAUUAAAUAAAUACGUAGAUGCAAAGUAACAAUAUGUAU